CCCACUCCUAUGCUGGUGCUUAUGCCAGGAAAGCUCGUUUACCCUUGGGCACACCUCGCUUCUUGUAUGUCUUAGUAACAGUUCCGUAGUGAAUCAUCUGCCUCUACUUCGUCUCCUCUCCUCUUAUCUCCUGCUGCCGUCUUCUUCUCUCUGUAUCAAUAUCCUCUUCCCAUUCCUUCAUACAUGCCCCGUCUGCUUCUCUGCUUUUGCUGCUCCAGGUUUUGAUGCAAGUCCCGUGACUUGGCGAAACGUGACCUUUACUGCUUAUCGCAUCCGUGGCUUUUUCUCUUCAACCUUCAUUCAACCGUCAACUUUCACCUGCAAGAAACACCAAGACAAGCCUCGAGUUCGUCCUCUGCGCAGCUUUGCCUUCACCUCCUCCGCCGCGACGUCUGGCCCCAAUUGACCGUCUGCCCGGCUGCCCUCGAGUUGUGAGACAGCGUCCCUCGCAUCACUAGAGGGAUUUAAAGUGUUUGUUUGUCCGCCACUCGAAACCCACCGUCAUUGUUCAGGCCAAUGCUAACCAGCCGAGGGAGAACAAGGGUCCUGCUUCUUGUCCACAACCCACCCGGCGAGGACACAUAUACACUAUCUGGGGAGCAGAAGUCUCGAGCCAGCAGGCAACCUCAACUGCACGCCGCCGUCGAUCCCUCCGAGGCCACAUAUCUGUACCUGCCUGCCUACCAGCAUCCCUCGUUAUCAGACACUCACGCACACCCAAAAUACCUCUUUAACUACCAUACCUAUCUCUUCAAAGAUGGCCCAAAUCCGCGGCACGGCGGGGUACAACCUGGGACAUCAGAAUCCCUUUGUCGGCCCUGGGAGGGAGCAUGCUACCAGCGACCCGAGCCCGUUGGAUGCCAUCCGGGAGCAGACCAGCAAAAUUGAGGAUUGGUUAGACACUGUUGCUGAUCCAAUCAAGCCGUAUGUCCAUUCCGGUUCUCCGCGUGUCAUGAAGAAAUAGUUUAGUGCACUUACAUGACCUGUUUAAACUUACGAAUACUGAUAGACACCUCCCGGCAAUCGGUCGAUUCCUCAUUGUGGUCACUUUCUUGGAAGACUCGCUGCGGAUAAUGACACAAUGGACGCCUCAGCUCGAGUACCUCAAUCAGUUCAGACACAGUACGUGAAAGGCCGAAGUGAAGAGAAACAACGAUCUCGGCACUUUGAAAUUGGUGAUAAAAUGGUUCUAACCUAUCAUGCUAGUUCCAUGGGGAAUAACACACCUCUUCCUUAUUGUCAACGUCGUCGUCAUGCUUUGCUGCUCCGUCCUCGUCAUUGCUCGCAAACACAGUGAAUAUGCUGUUGCCGGCCUCCUCGGUGUUGUGGUCGCUCAGGCUCUCGGCUACGGUCUUCUAAUUGACAUAACCUUCAUUGUCCGCAAUCUCAGUGUCAUCGGUGGUCUCCUCAUGGUCCUUUCUGACUCCUGGGUGCGCAAGAAGUUCAUGCCCGCUGGUCUUCCACAGCUCGAGGAGAAGGACCGCAAGAUGUACGUUCAGUUUGCUGGCAGGGUCCUGCUCAUCUUUUUGUUCAUUGGAUUCGUCUUUUCUGGCGAAUGGAGCUUGUGGCGAAUCAUUGUCAGCUGCAUUGGUCUCGUUGCCUCUGUCAUGGUUGUUGUUGGAUUCAAAGCAAAAUGGAGUGCUGUCAUCUUGGUCGUUGUCCUCAGUGUGUUCAACGUCCUUGUCAACAACUUCUGGACGCUCCACCCCCACCACCCUCACAAGGACUUUGCCAAAUAUGACUUCUUCCAAAUUCUCUCCAUCGUCGGCGGCUUGGUCCUCCUUGUCAACAUGGGCCCUGGACAGCUCAGCAUGGACGAGAAGAAAAAGGUUUACUGAACAUGUUGCUCGUCUAUAAAUAAAACAAUACCCCCAACAUCCACCCAGGCACGGAAAAGGUGAAAAGCAAAAUAUUCGAGGAACAUAUCAUGCCAGUGCAAAAGACGCCUUACUUUCUUACCAUCCGUCGACUCCUAUGGCCAAUUGCGAGCCAUUCCAAUAUAUCUUUACCCCUACCCUUUGUCUUUUUGCCGUGUCAUGUCAUGUACUCCACGUCCUGCCGGUCUGCUUGUGACCUUUUUUUCAAUGCGCAAUUUCAGCACUGCGCCACAGCCCAAUAUCCACAUCCACUUGUCGUUUCCAGUUUCUACUACAUUCCAUUCCAGUUCCUAUUCCAAUCUACUUCAGUUGGGAAAGUCAAGAGGGUCGCAUUCAUAUAUAUAUCUACGUCAUGAUCUAUUAAAAAAAAAAUGAAUGAGCUGUACCAUUUUGCCUAUCUCUACAGUUUAUUAUUGUCAUCUCCUAUUUUGUCUUUUGUGUAAACGUGUUCGGGUUGGCUCAUCCUUUGCUUGUCAUCCAUUUUCCCUCCAUGCGCUCAUUACUGCCUACUUACUAAUAGCGCUUCUUGCUAGAAGCGAAGGAUUAAAAACGGUAGACAACGGUGAAUUACCUUCUGCUAGGGCCUUUUAUCUGUUUAAAUAGAGAGUUUUUGAUUGACAUCCAUUGAAUAAAAGCACCUAUGAACCA